AUGCCUUCAUUGCAAAGGAGGGAGAGGUUUGCCUAUCUAUUCAGCAUAGAAUGCCUGUACUGCUUUAGAAUAUGUUGUCUGACUUGCACCUUUUAUAUUUCAGCAUAUAAAACCGUAUCCGGCGUUAAUGGUCCACUGGUCAUCUUGGAUCAAGUUAAGUUUCCUAGGUAUGCAGAGAUUGUUCACUUGACGCUUCCUGAUGGCACAAAGAGAAGUGGGCAGGUUCUAGAAGUCAGUGGCUCCAAAGCUGUAGUUCAGGUAUUUGAGGGAACUUCAGGUAUUGACGCUAAGAAAACAUCAUGUGAAUUUACUGGGGAUAUUCUCCGAACCCCGGUAUCUGAGGAUAUGCUUGGUCGUGUGUUUAAUGGAUCAGGAAAACCUAUUGACAGAGGUCCCAUUGUCUUGGCUGAAGACUACUUGGACAUUAUGGGUCAGCCAAUCAAUCCUCAGUGUCGAAUCUACCCAGAAGAGAUGAUUCAGACUGGCAUUUCGGCUAUAGAUGGCAUGAACAGCAUUGCCAGAGGACAGAAAAUUCCCAUAUUCUCUGCUGCUGGUUUACCCCAUAAUGAGAUUGCAGCUCAGAUUUGUCGCCAGGCUGGCUUAGUGAAGAAAUCUAAAGAUGUGAUGGACUACAGUGAAGAGAACUUUGCCAUUGUGUUUGCUGCCAUGGGGGUAAACAUGGAAACCGCUCGGUUCUUCAAAUCCGACUUCGAGGAAAAUGGCUCCAUGGACAAUGUGUGUCUCUUCUUGAACUUGGCCAAUGAUCCAACCAUUGAGCGUAUCAUCACCCCUCGGCUUGCUCUAACCACAGCAGAGUUCUUGGCCUACCAGUGUGAGAAGCACGUGCUGGUCAUUCUGACGGAUAUGAGCUCUUACGCCGAAGCGUUGCGAGAGGUUUCAGCAGCUCGAGAGGAAGUGCCUGGCCGGCGUGGCUUCCCCGGUUAUAUGUACACUGACUUGGCCACUAUCUAUGAGCGCGCGGGGCGCGUGGAAGGCAGGAAUGGCUCCAUUACUCAAAUUCCUAUUCUUACCAUGCCCAAUGAUGAUAUUACUCAUCCCAUCCCUGACUUGACUGGAUAUAUUACUGAGGGGCAGAUCUAUGUAGAUAGGCAGCUGCACAACAGACAGAUUUACCCACCCAUUAACGUGUUACCCUCCUUGUCUCGACUGAUGAAGUCUGCCAUUGGAGAGGGUAUGACCAGGAAGGACCAUUCAGAUGUUUCCAACCAGCUGUAUGCCUGCUAUGCUAUUGGAAAGGAUGUGCAAGCUAUGAAGGCUGUAGUGGGUGAGGAAGCUCUGACCUCAGAUGAUCUUCUUUAUCUGGAGUUUCUGCAGAAGUUUGAAAGGAACUUCAUUGCUCAGGGUCCUUACGAAAAUCGCACUGUUUACGAGACCCUGGACAUUGGCUGGCAGCUUCUGCGAAUCUUCCCCAAAGAGAUGCUGAAGCGAAUUCCUCAGAGCACCCUGGCAGAGUUCUACCCCCGAGACUCCACUGCAAAGCACUAACUCCAGCUUCAUCUCUAGCUCUGCACUGCUGCGAAAGCCUGUUUAGUUCCCUCUUUCAUGUGUUGGUGUUUACUUGUCACUCCUGUAACUAAAGCCGAGAACAAGUGACAUGUGGUGCCAGUGUUCCUGAUGUGUUAACAGGGAUUUAAAAUAUCCUUUUCCAAAGCCUGGAUCUUCAGUGGUUUUGGCAAAAUGCCUGAGGGGAAGAAGCUUCAAAGUCUCCUUUCUCUGUAGAUGUAUAUACCUGCUGUUACUAUAAUUACGUCUUCUGGCCUGACUUCCUUGAAAGUGUCUCCUGAGAGGGAUUGCCAGAAGCUGCCCGUGGUCUCUGAAUCAGGAACAAAUAGAACUAGUUAUUUAGGAGGAGCCAAGGAGCAAAUAGGGGACCCCUCUCUUGCCCGAGCAUCUGUGCUCAGUCUGAUCUGAGCAUCAGCAGAGCAGUGGCACAUGAAUAGAUGGUGCCGUGUCCUGGCCUGCUCUUGGAGUGACUAGCAAGAGGAAGGUUGGCUACAUGGCACCAGAACACUUCACCGUGGGCUUCAGUUAGAUCUUGGGGGGGGGUCUCUGAGCAUCGUAGGCUUUGUCCUAGUCUUGGACAAGGGAGUCAAUCAACCUGUUUAACUGCCCCCCGUGAAAAAGGUAGAGAAGCAGGGAACUUACUCCAACCAUUCCACUCCCUGAAAUAUACAAGUCACUAAUACGAAUGCUAAUGCCCAGUGCUGUCCUGAAUCAUGCAAACACUGAGAGUACAACACUGUAAACUGCCCAAAGCUUCGAACUCUCAUUACAGAACCGAGCUGUUAUCCCGUUAUAGGAGACAACCGUAUUCUACCAGGUCCUCCCAAUACAAUAGUGUCUGUGGGCUUCAAUCUUGUAAUUUAGAAGUCUUGUACUAAAUGAUGCAGAGGGGCAGAAGGCAACUCUCGUUGGCAUGUGAGAGGAUAUUUUGAAUUCUGUAACAAAUCAUUCUCUGGACGACAUUUGGGGUUUGAACCGCACUUCCAAACAUGGAUUUGGCCAGCCAGUUCAGAGCAAGCCAAACAGCGACGUGUUUCCACCUCCAACCACUAUCUCCGUGCUUGGAGUGAUUUUCAGUAGGGUUCAAAGCCCAGUGCAGAGAGGGUUUUACAGUUUUUUUGUCUGCUUUCCAUUUCUGGUCAGUUCAUGGUGGGGUUUUUGUUGGGGGUUUGUUUGGUUUUUUUUGGCCUCUCCACACGUGUGUUGCAAACCAUGCAAAUACCUUUCUGGGCAGGUGUUAAACUCAGAGGUGCAAUGUGACCUAAGCUGUGCCGAUGACUCUGAUUUCAGCUUGUCCCUGGUGUUACCCCUGCCGCUCUGUCCUAUGCAAGUCUGACUUUAUUGUUUGGUCUCUGUAACUUGGGUGCAAUCGCAAUUUCUUUCGUGCAUUCCAUCUUAAAAGUUGUCACUUCUAUUUUUCUGGGGGAGGGGCGGAAAUGGGCAGAUGUAAGCAUGAGAAUAUUUUAAUGUAGAAAAUGUGAUAUCUGAAUAAGUUAAAUAUGAAAAAUAAAUGUUGAAGAAAUCAA